AUGGCAAACUGGUUCAGAGAAGUAGUAGAGGUAUUAGAUGUUGAAAAGCUAAAUAUCCAAAUCAGGAAAACUACCCAGCUUUUACUUCAAGGCGUUAAUUACAGCGUUAAUCUUGUUUUCAAAUUUUGUUGUCCAAGAAAAUCUCAUGCUGACCGGAUGUAUGUGAACCUAAAAUACAAAAUGGGUAAGCAAAACUUGAAUGCAUAUUUUGCGACUUGGAGAAAAGACGGAUGGAUGAUGAUUGAGUUGUGCCGAUUCUCCAAUCAAAAGGAGGAAACAAAUGUUGAUGUAUUACUGAAAAGCUUUUCACGAUGCUAUUGUGACAGUCGUGCCAUCUAUAUUGAAGGCAUUGAGUUCCAAGCCUUUCACAAUGUGAAACAAGAGGAAAUUGGGAAGCCAGAAACAAUCCAGCAAGUUUCAAAGUCGGAAAUGGAUGAGUCUUCGUCAAGUAUGAGAAUUGAGGUUCCUGCAGAGCAUGUUCUGUAUGACACUUCAAAUAAGAAGCUUUCUUUAUCAAGUCUCUCGUUCCAAUCCAGAUCUAAAGACCAGGGAAUUGAGCUUUUAAGACAGCAAGUAUUUCGCAUCAAGUGCAAUAUUGGAAGUCAAAUAUGGUCCCCGAAUACAAAAGUCGUGUGUUACCUUGUAUUCAAGCUUUCAGAAAGCUGUAGCAGGUUGCAUUGCCCAGUAAUAGUACGAGAUCAAUCCAACUGGGGAAGUAAAGAGACUGGAAUUCUUUAUUUCAGAUCUCCAAGCCCAUGGAAUUUAGUUGCUACUGACCAAGUUCCAAAGAUGAGAGAAGAUGGAUGGAUGGAGGUUAUAGUGGCAAUAUUCAACUCAGAUUGUCGUUUUUUGAAUUUGAAACUCAGCACUUAUGAAGGAACUAUGUCUGGCCUCAUUGUGCGUAACCUUGAGUUUCGGCCAUUUUAACACAGUCCUAGCAUCUGUUUUCUGUAUUCAUUUAUGUAGUGUUAUUAUUGGCUGAAGAUUCUAGUUGUAUGUGGCAGCGGCACUCGAAUGAUUUUGAAUAUGUAAAUUAACUUGGAGAAUG